AUGUCUUGCACCUCUACCUUCACCUUCGGGUCCCACCAAGAUCAGGCCGGUGCCCAAUCUUCCAGCACAGCCAACCCAGAAAACAUACCACGACGUAGGCGGCAUUCGUCUUUUGUUCCUCGAAGAAGACAUUCCAUUGUUCAGCAAAUAAUGGACGGGGAAGAGGGCUUGCUUCUUAAGGUCGAUUUAUUCCUCUCGGAACUGGAGAGGAGGCUUGAAUAUCUCGAGAGCUACAGCGAAUUAGUCGACCUCGAUGCGAGUAUAUCCAAAACCUUUGCAACCUUGCAAGCGGUACGAGAACGGUGCUCCCAAGUUUCAGAAGAAGUUAUUGGUGCCGGCCGGCGGCGUCUGCAGGUCAUGGUCGAGACAUUGGAUACAAGAUACCACGAAGCUUUAGCAGCUGCCGAGUCCAUGAACGAGAAGGCCCGUGUUGGCGUUGAACUCCUUGACGGUAUGCUUACCGACUUUGAGUCUCGAGCCCUGAAAUUCCGCGACCAGGGUUUCGCAAAUGCCGCUAAUACUGCUGGAAAUUUAAUGGAUGAGGGACGGCGAGUGGUAGACGAAAGUCUAGGACGUGCUCGUGGUGUCGUAGACGAUGGUAUUGGACGAGCCUGGCGCGCUGCAGAAUCUCUCGAAGAGCACAUACAAAAAGCUAUUGCUCGUGCUAAAGAGCAAGGAUUGAUCAAAUAUGAGGAACUGCCUGUGCCAUGGAGAAUUAACCCUCAUAUCCUCAGCGGAUAUCGGUUCACCGAAUCGAAAAUCGGCUGCGUUCGCUCAAUGUUCGGUGUUUCGAACGAGACGGUUAACAUUUGGUCCCAUGCCCUUGGCUUAGUUUUGAUUUUGGCCAUUGCGUUUUAUUUUUACCCAAUGUCUGCAGACUUCUCCCUCUACACCAAAACUGAUGUAUUCAUUGCGGCGGUCUUCUUUUUUGCAGCUUGCAAGUGCUUAGUCUGCAGCACUAUUUGGCACACGAUGAAUUGUGUAGCAGAUCAGACCCUCAUGGAGCGGUUUGCAUGCAUUGACUACACGGGUAUCUCGUUGCUCAUUGCCGCAUCAAUCAUGACAACCGAAUACACAGCCUUUUACUGCGAGCCUAUUAGUCGAUGGACGUACAUAACCGCAACAGCUGUACUGGGCAUUGCUGGCACUAUCCUCCCUUGGCAUCCCAAGUUUAAUGGCCAGGAACAGGCAUGGUUGAGGGUGGGCUUCUUUGUGGGACUCGGUGCGACUGGUUUUAUGCCUGUCUUCCAGAUCAUCCUCACACGUGGUCCCGCUUGGGCUUUCGAGUUCUACACAGGAUCUAACCUGCUCAAAUCCCUCUCUGUUUAUGUCAUUGGAGCUUGCGUCUACGCCAGUAAAGUACCCGAACGGUGGUUCCCCGGUGCGUUCGAUUAUUGUGGCAAUGCCCAUAACUUAUGGCACUUCGCCGUACUUGGUGGAAUCCUGUAUCACUAUGUUGCGAUGCAGGAGUUCUUUGCCGGUGCCUUUCGCCGCGCACAAGAAGGUUGCCCAACCUAUUAA